UGUAUUUUCUUUCUUUAACGUCUCAGACGAUUAAAGAAUUAGACUCAUCGUCGUCGUUUGUGCUCAUCUUGAUUUCUCACCUUGUUGGGCUCCAUCCCCCCUCGUUGCAUUCAACAUUAGUUAAAGUGAAGCUUUAAGGCUUUGAAGGGGAGUAAGAUGAGCGAAAGUGGUAGAAAUACGUCUUCAUCAGAGUGGAACUUGAGAGACGAACCUGAAUUUGCAUCUUAUGGAGUUGCCAGUAGCAAUAGUUCAAAGUGGUCCAAUUUGAAAAGAAAUGAUGAGUUAAAACCCACAAUGGGAUUUUCAUGCGAGGAACCUGUUUCUGGACGCAAAGGUUCAAAUAAGGAUGAUAUUGCGAAUACAAAUUACGGAGUUUGGGAUGCAACAAAUGCACAAGACACUGAUGGAAGUUACAACAUGCAGAUCUCUCCUGGGCUUGAUGAGGAUUAUAAAAAUAAGUGCAAUCAAUCCCUAAAAGAUGGCUGCAGUAAACUAUUCAGGAGUAGGAGUCGGAGCCCUCCACGUAGUUUUAGGUGGGAUUCAGGUAGGGUUGGAGGAUUGACACAACCAUAUUGUAGAGAUUUUGUUGCUGGGAAAUGCAGAAGAGGCAACCGAUGUCGUUUCCUUCACCAUGACGAUCAAAAUUAUGGUAAUAGCUGGGAAAAUAGACACAUAUAUUCUGCUCCAAAUGAAAAUAAUAACUAUUCUCGUACAAUUGGAAGAUCAUAUAAUAGAACUUGCUUCCAUUAUGCACAAGGAAGGUGUAAAAUGGGAGCAUCAUGCAAGUAUGUGCAUCAUGACAAUUUUGAUAGAAGGCGCACAGAGAGUUGUUUAGAGCAGGGUGUUCAACAUGGUACAAACCAGAAUAGAUUGCAUGGUGAAUCAACAUUUUCAAGUGAUAUCAAGAAAUCCAAUUGGACUGCAAAAAAUGAUAGUGCCAACGUUCACACUUCCCAGACAGUAGGUGCAGACAUUUGGCUUGAUAAUGAAAAAAUGUCUCCUCCUAAUUGGAUUUAUGAUGUGAGAUCUUCCAUCCAUAUUAACCAAGAGCAAGGGCAGAGUAAGCAACAAGUUGCUCCAGGACAAGUAUUGCAUCAGAAUGUUUCUAAAACAUUCAUCAAGCCAGAGCCUGUUGUUAGAUUCCCGAAGCAGCGCGAUCCAACAUGUAAUAGUAGGGAGCAAAAGAAUGUUAAUGCAACUGGGGGGGUGUCCCUUGCCUAUUUUCCAAAUAGACAACUUGUGAAGAAUGAGCAUCCAGUUCAGUUGAAGGGGAUUCAUACAUUUAAAUUUUCAUUGGUUGAGUUCGUUAAGGAGCUUUUGAAUCCAACAUGGAAAGAUGGUAAAAUCACCAAAGAAGAUUAUAAAGCGAUUGUGAAGAAAGUUACUGACAAAGUAAUUGAUACAGUGCAAGGGGCACAUAUUCCUCAGACACAAGAGAAAAUUGAUUGCUAUUUAUCAUCAUCAAAAUCAAAGCUUAACAAACUUGUACAGGCAUAUGUGGAAAAGUUUCAGAAGGCUUAGUGCAAGUAAAGAAAUUUGGCUGUGUAAUCUGUUGCCUAUAUUUUAUUGUUAUUCACUCAAUGGAAAACAUAAUCUGCGGACCUCUCUUUUGGGCCAAGUAGUACUUUCGUUUUGUAUUGACUGAUAAAGACUUGGGCUUAUUGUAACAGCUUGCUUGCGUAUUCUGUUUUUAUAUUGCACAAGUUUUUUUUUUUUAUCCCAUUUAGAUCAUAUGACAGUAGAAUUGCAGAACCUUUGUAGCUCAUAUACAUGCAAACAAAGUUGUUUCUUGUUUUCUAGUAUUUUCAGGGUAAAA